AUGUUCCCACCUCCUUCCUCUUCUUAUGCGACCUGCAGCGGCAAUUUUUGGAGACCGAUUUUAUCCACGCGAUCCGACAUUAUCAUCUGGCUGACCAUAUCCUCCUCCCAUAGCUCCAUUCCAACAGUUGGUUUCAAUAUGAAGCGGGUACAGAAGGGGCAUGUGACACUUAAAUGUUGGGAUCUCGGAGGACAACCCAGAUUUCGGUCCAUGUGGGAGCGAUAUUGCCGAGGGGUGAAUGCCAUCGUCUUCAUCGUAGACUCGGCAGAUACUGAAGCGUUGCCAGUCGCAAAGGAUGAACUCCACCUGCUUCUCGAAAAGCCCGUACUGGAAGGUAUUCCCUUGUUGGUCCUUGGAAACAAAUCGGAUCUGGAGGAGAAGUUGUCGGUUGAUGAACUGAUCGAAGCUCUGGAUCUCAAGAGUAUCUCCCAUCGCGAAGUGAGUUGCUAUGGCAUCAGCGCAAAAGAGGAGACGAACCUGGAUGCCGUUCUGCAAUGGCUAGUUGCUCGCGCCAGCAAGUAA